AAACAUUUAGCGGAUCAAAACUCAAUUUCGAUUUGUGUAUCUGUGAAGUUGUAUGUCCAGCUUAAUGGUGAAACAAUGGCUAAAUCAUCCUCAGUAAUAUUAGCAUUCGUUGUAAUGAUGAUAAUUGGAUAUGGAUUGGUCGUGCUUAAGUCGUCCCCGUCUUAUUACUAUACAUCGCCCUUAGCGGUAAGCCGACAUGGAGCACAACACUCAUCCAAGGAACCAGUGGUUGUUACACGAAGCCAAGCGGAUGAUGUUACAACUCAUGAGACACUACAAUUUCAAGACGAAUUCAUGAAGAAAUAUUCAGCAAUAAGUAAGAAAGGAAUUGAUUAUACACGAAAAAUGUGUAAGAAAUACCGAAGUGUCGUUUCAACGAUGGAGUCAUUUCCGAAUGUUCUUGUGAAUGAGAAAUACAAACUUGUUUACUGUCAAACAGCUAAAGCCGGUACUGUUAGCUGGUGUAAAAUGCUUUUGAUUCUUUCGGGAUAUAAAAACUAUUCUGAAGUUGUGAAAAUGAGUGCUCCGCAAGUUAGUAAUGCGUGGAAAAAGCAGGUAUCGCAACUUAAAAGGUUUUCCACUCAAAAGCAGACGGAAAUAAUAUCAACCUACACCAAAAUCAUGAUUGUACGGAAUCCGUACACAAGACUACUGUCCGCCUACAAUGACAAGUUAGUUGCUAAGAAUGCAUCUGAUUAUAGAAUAGGGCAUCAGAGGAUGCUCAGCCAGAAAAUUUUAAAGAGAUUUAGACAAGGAAACAUCACCGGAAAAUACGAUCCUACUUUUGGUGAAUUUGUUAAAAUGAUAAUAUCUGAGGAGUAUUAUAUUCACAACGUUCAUUGGCGGUCCAUGGAAUCAAGGUGUCAUCCUUGCGACAUGAACUAUGACGUCAUCGGUCGAUUUGAGGAUAUUGAGAAUUAUUCGAACUAUAUAUUAAAACGUAUUGGAGCUGGCAUUGAGUUCCCUCAUUCGUCGGGAACUCAUUUUACAAACAGCUCAAGUCAUGACAAGGUUAAACAAUCCUAUGCUACUAUUCCAGAUGAAGAUCUAGAAGAUUUAUAUCAAAAAUAUCUAUAUGACUUUCAAUUGUUUGGUUAUGAAAAGGAACUACCUAAGGCAUAAAUGAUAUACAUAUACACGGACAUCAAUUUUAUUUGUUUUCCAUGUAAACAUACAUACCCACAUACAUAUGUCCACAUAUAUAUCGACAUACAUGCGUGCACACACAUACAUGCUAUCCGAGCACGUAAGUAAAUGAGAUUUGCGUUUUCACGAACAGACAUAAACCAUCACCGUGUAUGUAAACAACCACAUGUAUACGCAAAAUGUUCACACUAAUUACCAGAUUAAUUAAUAUUAAUAAAAUUCUCUAUAUUUUUCUCAAGAACAUUUUUGGUAGAAAUUGAGGAAUGCAUCUCUUCGUAGUAUUGGUGUGAGUGACUUAUACUUUACUUUACUUGGUUAAUAGGAUUUGGAACUAAAAAGAUAGAGACCGUUGUCUCGGACGUUUACUUUUUCUUAUUUUGAGAAAUUUAUGUUGAAAGUAGGGCCUAUUUACGGUAAUUUCUCAUUACAAUACAUGAAAUGGUGCAUACCAAGUGUCGAGCUCUGGUCUCUAUUUGCGUAUAGUGAAUAUCUAUCAUUGAUAAAAAGUAUACUAAAAACUAAUAAGAAUAACUGUAAACUACGAACUGUAAAUUAUUAAUAAGCUGACCCUAUUUAUGUGGAGCACAUUUUGCAGGUAAGAAGCCAACAUCACUCUGGAUGGAAAGUACCACUGACUUUAGCUGCCGACCAAUAUUCCCUGGCAGGGCCACUCCAUCUCCUCAUGGAGAAUCUACACCGUUUUGCGAGACCUUCUGUCUAGUCUAUGCAGACGCCUUAACCAAUGAACCAAUGGGGCUUUGUUGAGAAUCCAAAUUUUUAGAAGCAACUUGUAUUCAAAUUGUUUUGUUACGUGGCCAAAAUAACAUAAA